AUGGCUUUAACAAUACCUGAAGAAAUGACCUUAAAAGUCCCUGAAAAAAUCACUUCUAAAGUACCUGAGGAAAUGACUUCAACAGUAUCUGAAAAAAUAACUUCAACAGUACCUGCAGAAAUGACUUCAAAAGUACCCGAAGAAAUGACUUUAACAGUAUCUGAAGAAAUUACUUCAAUAGUACCUGAAGAAAUGACUUCAAUAGUACCUGAAGAAAUAACUUUAACAGUACCUGAAGAACCUCAAAAGUCCCUGAAGAUCACUUCUAAAGUACCUGAAGAAAUGGAUUACACAGUAUCUGAAGAAAUGACUUUAACAGUAUCUGAAAAAAUGAAUUUAACAGUACCUGCCGUCACAGAUACGGUCCGCAAAAUGAAAAAUUCUUGA